CGCAGUACAUCCGUAUUUGAGUCCAGGAUUCGCAUACCAAAGUCAACAACAACCCGCAUACUAUUUAGACUGGAAACAGCGGUUGCUGCGCUUCCGGCGGACUUGUGGAACCUGGUUGCCUGUGGUGUGCCUCUGCCAUGGCGCAGUUCAAGCAGUGGGCGCUGCAGUACGUGCUCUCGGACGACGAGACCGCCCAGUCAGAAAUCGCCCGGAAAGCGGCGAGGGAGAUCGAGAGCUCCCGUGCCAGCAGCGCCGCGGUGGGGAACUGGGCUGCGUCCGUCCAACAAUGGAUGACCCCGGCGUCGGCCGAUGACGAACAGAUGGAGGAUGGGGACCAAGGGGGUAGCGGCGACAUCAUUGCUCGAGCUAAAGUCCUCCGUCUCAUCGGCUUCUUCGGCGCCAUGUUUUCCUACGAUCACAAGGCCGGCAUCACGGCGUCUGCGAAGGCUUUGCGGCAGCUGUACAGAAUGAAGAGCUUCAAGCCCGACAUGGGCAGCAAGAUUCUGGAAGACGUCUGCAAAAUCAAGGAAGAUUUCCGCCUGCAGACCGCAGCCACCCGGCUUGAGAUCUACGAGCUCUUCCUCAGCCUCGUCCAGGAUCCCGCUGUCAGCAGCGAGCUGAAGCACAAGUAUGGGUCGUCUUGUGGUUUCGUUGUCGACCUCCUGCAGCUGUGUCAGAGCGAACGAGAUCCGAGGAACCUCAUGGUCUGGUUCAAAACCCUGGCCUUGCUUCUCAGAGACUAUGAUCCGUCUCCCGAAGUGACCGAGGAAAUUUUCAAGACCUUCUCGGCCUACUUUCCCAUUUCUCUGCGCAGUUCUGCCACUCCAAUAGGAAUCACCGCCGAAGAUCUCAAAGAGGCUGUGCGGAGCUGUUUCGCCGCCCACCAGCGCGUCGCCCCCCACGCAUUCCCGUUCCUCAUUCAAAAGCUCGACCAAGGAGAUGCUGUCACAGUUGCUGUCAAGGUCGACAUCCUCAAAACCAUCAGAGCCUGUAUCGAGCUGUACGACAAUCCACAAGCAAGCAUCGUUCCUCACAUUGAAAAGAUAUGGAACUCGCUCAAGUAUGAAGUGCGGAACGGCGAGGUCAAGGAGACCAUCGAUGCCACGCUGGACGUGCUCCGAGCCAUCGCUAGGAAGCUCGAUGGCACCAAAACUCAGAAACUCGACGUGUCCCUGCUCAAAUCCUACGUCGACCUGGUGUCCAGGGACUGCCGAGACGACCUCGCAAACCCUACAUACACCAAGCAGGCCGGACUCCUGCUCAUGACCGUCAUCAGCGCCAAUAUCCGAGCCUACGUACUCUACAACGCCAGCUUCAUUGGCACUGUCCGGCAGAAUCUCCGGCAGCCAAAGUCACCCGCCCACACGUGCGACCUCCUGCUUCUUCUGAACUCGCUACUCAAGACCCGCAUCGAGCUGUUGAAGGACCGGUCAUGUGGCCACCCGGAUGACGAAGCAAGUUUGAGGACAGAGUCACGGACGCAUCUCGACACAUUGUUCCACGACGUUUACCUGCCAAUAUGGACCGACAAAGCCAACGAGUCAGCGCCAGAGGCGAGGGACGUGGUGAAGCAGGCUAUCCAGGGUCUUGCUCUGCUCGCCAGCCAGCAAAUCCUGCGGCCGGACGGAACACUUGUUUUGCUCUGUUCCCGUUCAGUCUGCUCAGAGAUCUGCUCACUCCUUACACGAACCAUCCUCAGGAGUCUCACGCUCAGUCCUAAUGAUAACAACCGUGCCGACGAGACCACUUUGGAAGAUGAGGCCGUGCUGGCCCUGCGAACUAUCGUCAUGAGCUACACAGACGGCUACGACGAAAUUGCGAGUCGGGCAAUGUCGGAGAUCAGGCAUCGUGACUGGACCAACCCUUCGGACUAUGCACUGCGAGCGUUGCAAGACCUGCUAUCUCGCUUGUCCUUCAUUGGCUGUUCCGAGAUCCCCUCGAGCAUCGCGGCCGAGACUCCUUCACGGAAACGGUACUCUCCGGUCCAACACUUCAUCACAUUCACAGCAAGCCUUUUGGAUGCCUUCCCGCUCUCAUCUCAAACCGGUUCACCCCGGCCCAAUGACUCGGUCGAGGGUCCAUCGGCGAACGCUCACGUCAUUUCCUCACUGCACGCUGGCGUUCUGUGGUUCCUUGACGCCUGCGAGGCCAAAUACGGGCGGCAGGCCUUCCCUUCUUCUGGCAGCGGCGAGAACUGGGUAGGCGAGUACGAGAAACUACCAGAGGAUUGGCUAUUGCAACUUCAACGGGGUGAUGGGGCAUCUGAUGUGCUACUGCUGCCGCCCUUGACAGACGAAAACCCCGAGGUCUGUCGCCAGUUCUUGAAGCUGAGUCUCUUCAUGGUGAGGAGCCUAUAUCGAUCCGCCCGCUCGGGACCGCGAGCUCCAUGGGACGAAAGGGCUCUUAUCCCGCUCUCGCAGAUGGCGGCGCUGGUUGUGCGGAAUCUCGACGAAGCGCUGCAAGUGUCGUGCAACUUGGCCCACGAGGCUUUCAAUUUCUUCGGCGGCUCGGACAGUGCUUCCGCGCAACCUCACUCUUCGGAACUUUCCCUGAACUUGCUCACACUGGGCAUUCUUCAAGGGUUGCGGCCAGGGGCACUGGCUGGCUUGUACGAACCGGGUGGCGCGGCGGAGAAGCUUAUGUGCAACGUGACCGAUUUUGGCUCCUCUCCGUCCAGAGAAAGUGAUAUACGCGCAGCGAUCGGGGCGAUACUUGCCAACAAGUACAAGGGCGGCCCUUCAACGUCCGACCCCGAGGUAGUGGUGAUGAGACGUGUGUUUGACUUCUGGGCCAACUGGAUGAAGGAGGCGACCACUUCGGCCCCCCUCGACCGAGAGGCCUUCCAUGCUCAUAGCACAGUUGCGAUGAACGUCCUUGCCGGAGCCGCAGCCCGUCAGGACAAACAUGUGCUCAACCUUGUGCCGGCGCUGCACCAGGCCGCGGCCAGCCAGCACCUCAACGGCGAGAUCGUCGCCCAAUCCCUGGGCCUCGUCGUCAAGCAGAAUGAGCUCCUUAGCCCUAACAACCACGCGGUUGUUAAGCGUUUCUACAAGCAAUGGGCCUACAGUCACCUGGCCAAGCCGCUGCUCCAGGAUGCCCAGCCAGCCGCCGCCGACAGCCACACCGCAGCGAGGUACCGCUUGGCCAUCCUCUCAAUGGUCAGCAACUGCCCGUUCGCCGUCUAUCAAGACGACCUGGAACCCCUGAUCCGCCUGCUGGUGACAGCCCUCAACAACCAUGCCGGCCUCUCCGAGGAGGUCGCUUGGUCGCAGGUUGCUGCGGCGCUCGAGAUCCUGGCGGACAUCCUCGCGAACGAGCCGGACGCGCUCAAGGGCCAUCUCCGAGAGACCAUCGGCGGCGCGAGCAGGGUGUACCAGGAGUGCUCCCGCAAGAUCGAAGCGGUCCCGCCGGUGACGAGAACCAGGUGCCGCAAGCUCGCGCUGCAGGUGCUGGGCGCGAUCCCAACGCGGUUCGAGGAGCGCUAUGUGCUGUCUUACUCGCCGCCCACGCAGCGCAUGUUGGCUGUUGCGUGUGGAGACCCGGUGAGGAACGUACGGGAGGUUGCGAGGAAGGCCAGGGCGAGUUGGGCCAAGGUUGUGUGAUUGUUUGGUUGAUUGGCUGCGAGUCGCGGGGCGAGAUAGACAAAGGAUCUAGAGAGAAGUUUUUUGUGCUUAGAUGACGAAACCGACCCGAACUCGAGGCGUCAAGAAGAUGGGCGGCAGGGCUGUCACCAACCGCCGCAGCAACUGUGGGACACCCGAAUGAUAUCGGGCGUAUUUUCUCCUCAUAGAGCUUCAUACCGGCACCACUUUUUGCGGGCGAGCCAAACACCGAGGGCAAUGGGGAACUCU